GCCCCGCGCCCCUCGCUCUGAGCUUUUAGCGGGGGAAUCCCAGCGCUGAGCUGCUUUGCCCCUGGGGAGGCUCGAGGCAGCUUUGUUCUUGUCAGCAGCCAGGCUGGCUGAGGCUGCUCUCCUCUCUCCAAGUAUCUUCUCUGUUCCCUGCUUUUCUGCUCCUCGCACAUUUUCUAUCCAGUUCUGUGAGUUUCCAGCCUUAUCUUCUGACUGUAGACACUUAGUUACUUGUUUUAAAAGUCUCUCUCCCGCUCUCUCUUUCCUUGGCCUGGGGAAAGACUUAUAUGUUACCAAGUCUUCUUCAGAAACUGAAUGUGCUAGAGUUUGGGGGCAGCGUGGGUGGGCUGCUGACAAGUGGCCCUCAGGAGGGAACUGCCUGGGACUGGCAUCUUCUGCGGACCCUGUUUGCAGUGGCUCUGGGCCCAGAACCAGAGUUCAGCUGGCAUCCCGGAGCGCUGUCUGCCAGGAGAUGCUCCACUAGACCCCACUGGGGUCUCUUCCUGGCCGAGACGUGCUCAUCUCCAAGAGCAAGGGUGCAAUGGUGGGCACCGGAAGGAGCGCUGUGGUCUUCCUCCUCUGGGUACUGCUGCUGUGGAGUAAGGGCAGUGGCUGUCAGGCCCAGCGGGCAGGUUGCAAAAGUGUGCAGUAUGACCUGGUUUUCGUCCUGGACACCUCCUCCAGCGUGGGCAAGGAAAACUUUGAGAAGGUGCGGCAGUGGGUGGCCAAUCUGGUCGACACGUUCGAAGUGGGCCCCGACCGCACGCGCGUGGGCGUCGUGCGCUACAGUGAUGCUCCUACCACUGCCUUUGAGCUGGGUCGCUUCAGCUCCCGUGAGGAGGUGAGAGCAGCAGCGGGGCGCAUCCCCUACCACGGGGGCAACACCAACACUGGCGAUGCCCUGCGCUACAUCACGCGCUACAGCUUCUCUCCGCAAGCCGGUGGCCGGCCAGGCAACCGUGCCUUGAAGCAAGUGGCUAUUCUACUGACUGACGGCCGCAGCCAGGACCUGGUGCUGGACGCAGCGCUAGCUGCUCACGUAGCGGGCAUCCGCAUCUUCGCAGUGGGCGUGGGCGCCGCGCUGAAGGAGGAGCUGGAGGAGAUUGCCUCAGAGCCCAAGUCUGCCCACAUCUUUCAUGUGUCUGACUUUGACGCCAUCGACAAGAUCCGUGGCAAGCUGCGACGCCGGCUGUGUGAGAAUGUGCUCUGUCCGAGUGUCCGUGUAGAAGGAAAUCGUUUGGAUCACACCAAUGGAGAAACCAAGGAAAUUACAGGUUUUGACCUGAUGGAUCUCUUCAGUGUGAAGGAAAUCCUGGGGAAGAGAGAGAAUGGAGCCCAGAGUUCCUAUGUGCGGAUGGGAUCCUUUCCCGUGGUGCAGAGGACUGAAGAUGUGUUUCCGCAAGGUCUCCCUGAUGAGUAUGCCUUCGUCACCACCUUCCGGUUCCGGAAAACAUCUCGGAAAGAAGACUGGUACAUCUGGCAGGUCAUUGACCAGUAUGGCAUCCCCCAGGUCUCCAUCCGGCUGGACGGCGAGAACAAGGCUGUGGAGUAUAAUGCUGUGGGUGCCAUGACGGAUGCCGUCAGGGUUGUCUUCCGAGGUCCCCGUGUCAGUGUCCUCUUUGACCGAGACUGGCACAAGAUGGCUCUGAGCAUUCAGGCCCAGAAUGUCUCCCUAUACAUUGACUGCUCACUGGUCCAGACGCUGCCCAUUGAGGAGAGGGAGAACAUCGACAUCCAGGGCAAGACGGUGAUCGGCAAGCGCCUGUAUGACAGUGUGCCCAUCGAAUUUGACCUGCAGAGGAUUGUAAUUUACUGCGACUCAAGACACGCAGAGCUGGAGACUUGUUGUGACAUCCCAUCUGGCCCAUGCCGGGUGACCGUGGUGACAGAACCUCCACCCCCACCCCUGCAGCCCAUCACCCCUGGCAGUGAACAGAUUGGGUUCUUGAAGACCAUCAACUGCUCCUGCCCACCUGGAGAAAAGGGUGAAAAGGGCUUUGAUGGCCCCGUGGGACUCCCUGGUCCGAAGGGAGACAUGGGAAUUGCUGGGUUAAUGGGUGCUCCUGGACCCAAGGGAGAGAAAGGGGACAUGGGCAGAGGGUCUUUUGCCCAAGGAGGGAAGGGUGAGAAGGGGUCCCAGGGCCUUCCUGGUCCUCCUGGAAGAGAUGGCAGUAAAGGCAUGAGAGGAGAGCCGGGAGAGCCAGGGGAGCCAGGGCUGCCUGGAGAGGUGGGCAUGCGGGGGCCCCAAGGACCGCCUGGACUCCCAGGGCCUCCUGGACAUGUUGGGGCACCAGGACUCCAAGGAGAACGAGGCGAAAGGGGAAUUCAAGGAGAAAAGGGGGAGCGAGGCCUGGAUGGAUUCCCUGGGAAGCCUGGGGAGACAGGAGAGCAGGGAAGACCUGGCCUUCCUGGUGUGGCAGGACCCCAGGGAGAGAAGGGAGAUGUGGGACCUGCAGGACCUCCUGGUGUGCCAGGCUCCGUGGUACACAGUAAGGACCUGAAGGGUGAACAGGGAGCUCCAGGUCCAAGAGGUCAUCAGGGCCCACCCGGGCUACCAGGAGCUCCAGGCUUGAUGGGUCCAGAAGGCAAGGAAGGACCUCCUGGUUUGCAAGGUCUCCGAGGGAAGAAAGGUGAAGUGGGUGCACCAGGACUCCUGGGAUCUCCAGGGCUGCAGGGUCCCUCAGGACCCCCGGGUGUCCCAGGCCCCCCUGGACCUGUGGGCCCACCGGGUUUACCUGGAGAGAUUGGUUUCCCGGGCAAACCUGGGCCUCCUGGGCAUGCUGGGCCACCUGGAAGGGAUGGGCUGAACGGAUCACCAGGCCUUCCAGGAUCCAAGGGAGAGCCAGGGGAAAGCGGAGAAGCCGGCCUGCCUGGGAAGCCGGGACCUCGGGGUGAAGUUGGGGAGCAAGGCCUGGCAGGCCAUCCUGGAAACAAGGGAGAAACUGGCCUUCCAGGUGCUCCAGGGUUCCCAGGUGUGAGAGGAGAGAAGGGAGACCAGGGACAAAAAGGUGAACUGGGACUUCCUGGACUGAAAGGUGACCGAGGUGGAAAGGGUGAAGCUGGUCCAGCAGGUCCCCCUGGCUUACCUGGAACUACUUCCCUGUUCACACCACACCCAAGAAUUCCUGGCGAACGAGGACCUAAAGGAGAAAAGGGUGACCCAGGAGUGCCUGGGGAACCGGGCCGUCCUGGAGAACUAGGUCCUCGGGGACCCACUGGACCUCCGGGAACCAAGGGACAAGAUGGUGCACGUGGGGCUCCCGGAGCAGCAGGAAACCCUGGUACUCCUGGACCUGCAGGGCUUCCUGGUCCCAGUGGCCUCCCUGGAAGUGUGGGCCCACCUGGUCUGAGAGGCCCCCCUGGGAAAGAUGGCGAGCGUGGUGAGAAGGGAACUGCAGGUGAAGAAGGAAACCCAGGGCCACCUGGCCCCAGGGGUGAUCCUGGUUCUCCUGGGGCCCCUGGGCCACCUGGAAAAGGGAAUGAUGGUGAACCGGGCCUGCGUGGAUUACCUGGACAACCUGGACCCCCAGGAACCAAGGGGGACCGAGGAGUUCCUGGGAUUCCUGGCUCUCCUGGCAGCCGUGGUGACCCAGGCAUUGGGGUUCCUGGCCCCACCGGCCCUUCUGGAGCACCAGGAGACAAAGGGCCCCCGGGAUCUCGAGGAUUGCCUGGAUUCCCCGGCCCCCAGGGACCAGCUGGCCAGGAUGGUACUCCAGGAAGUCCAGGAGAGAGGGGGCCUCCUGGGAAACCAGGCCCUUCUUCACUACUGUCUCCAGGGGACAUCAAUCUCUUGGUUAAGGAUGUAUGCAGUGAGUGCCCUCCUGGCCCCCCAGGACUCCCUGGCCUGCCAGGGUUUAAAGGAGACAAAGGUCUUCCAGGAAAGCCAGGGAGAGAAGGCAUGGAAGGGAAAAAGGGAGAAGCUGGAGCCCCAGGCACCCCAGGUCCUCCCGGAAUAGCUGGACCACAGGGAAGCCCAGGUGAGCGGGGUGCAGAUGGUGAAGUUGGACAGAAAGGUGAUCAGGGUCAUCCUGGAGUUCCAGGCUUCAUGGGGCCCCCAGGGAACCCUGGGCCGCCAGGAGCAGAUGGAAUUGCAGGGGCUGCGGGACCACCAGGAAUUCAGGGGCCACUGGGGAAAGAAGGUCCUCCUGGCCCCCAAGGCCCUCCCGGAAUCCCUGGAAUACCAGGAGAAGAAGGCAAACAGGGCAGAGAUGGGAAGCCAGGUCUCCCUGGGGAGCCGGGCAAAGUGGGAGAGCCAGGUCUGCCAGGACUGGAGGGACCACGAGGUUCACCUGGCUUUAAGGGACACACAGGUGACCCUGGUGCUCCCGGUCCACGGGGAGAACCUGGUGCCACCGGACCCCCUGGCCAAGAAGGGACACCAGGGAAAGAUGGUGAUACUGGACCUGCAGGACCACAAGGUCCUCGAGGACCCAGGGGCCCAUCGGGAAACAAUGGCUCACCAGGCUCCCCAGGAGACCCUGGCCAUCCAGGAACCCCUGGCCUGAAGGGAAGCAAAGGAGAAAAUGGUAGCCCAGGACUUCCUGGCUUCCUGGGUCCGCGUGGGCCUCCGGGAGAAGCAGGAGACAAAGGCAUGCCAGGCAAGGAGGGUACCCCUGGGAAGCCUGGAGAGCCAGGAGCCAAAGGAGAGAAGGGAGACCCUGGGAUCAAAGGGGACAAAGGACUGCCUGGUGGGAAGGGUCAGCCUGGGGACCCUGGAAUUCCAGGCCACAAAGGUCACACAGGUCUGACUGGCCCUCAAGGGCCACCUGGGGAAAGCGGACCAGUUGGGCCUCCAGGACCACCAGGCCAGCCAGGAUUUCCAGGACUGAGGGGGGAGUCUCCAUCCAUGGAUGCCCUGCGGCGGCUUAUUCAGGAAGAACUUGAGAAGCAGCUGGAGAACAGACUUGCCUACCUCCUGGCCCAGAUGCCAUCUGCACACGUGAAAGUCUCACAAGGCAGACCCGGGCCACCAGGACCCCCUGGAAAAGAUGGUCUUCCGGGCAGGGCAGGGCCCAUGGGGGAGCCAGGCCGGCCUGGCCAAGGGGGUCUGGAAGGACCAUCUGGGCCAAUAGGUCCUAAAGGUGAGCGAGGAGCCAAAGGUGAUCCAGGUGUACCUGGAGUUGGUCUCCGAGGCGAAAUGGGGCCCCCUGGAAUUCCAGGUCAACCUGGGGAGCCUGGCUAUGCUAAGGAUGGACUUCCAGGGAGUCCUGGCCCUCAAGGGGAGACAGGACCUGCUGGACACCCUGGCCCUCCAGGCCCACCUGGUCCUCCUGGCCUGUGUGACCCUUCCCAGUGUGCCUACUUCGCGAGCCUUGCAGCCCGGCCGGGUAAUGUGAAGGGCCCCUAGAAGAUUCUACAAAAUCAGAAGAUUGCAAUGGAUUUUUGAAAUUUGAACUUACAGUCCAAUGGGACACCAGAGGCCUUGAAAGAUUUCAGUUUCUCCCUUCCUUUGUCCGCUUCUUCCUUCCUUCCUUCCUUCCUUCCUUCCUUGCUUCUUUCUUUCUUCCCUCUCUCCUUCCCUCCCUCCUCUCUUUUUAUAUCAGGUUCUCCAGAGACCUCAGAAUUAUUAAAACCAACAGAUGCUGCAGAUUAUCAGAUUAUUAUUAAUAUUAUUACUCUUAAUUAUUAUAUUAUUGUUUCCUAUGACAAUGCUUGUGUUUUCCCUCUCUUCUCAAACUGGGAACGUGAGACAGUGGAGCAGAAGUGUUUCUGACUCUUCUAAUGGCACCAUCUGAAACACAGCUACCAAUUUUAGAGACUCUUGGUGCUAUGAAACCCUGACCAGACACUUACGAAUUUACCUCUUUCCUGAAAAUCAGACUUUACAAAAUGGAGCCAAGAUGGUUCUGCUCUGAGCUGUGUCCAGAGUCACCUGGGGGAAAUAAUCCCUAAAUCAUCACUUCCCAGGAAAGCAUGAAGAAGAAAGGCUUGCAUACAUGAAGAAUCUUUUGACCAUGCAGGGAAAGAAACAGCAGAGAGGAGAGUCGGGCCUUGGUGGACAGCGGGCUCCUCAGUGUUUCCAGCUACAGAAGGGGGACAAUGUCAUGAGGGUUGACAGUGGCUUGGUGAAAUCCUGUGUCUGAGCCAAAGAUGAGAAACUGGGGUUGAAGCAGCAACUGGAGUGUGAAAUUGCUUUUAAACCAUGGGUAAGAUUGCUUUUGAAUUCUUCUUGAUGGUUUCCAUUGUAUUAAUUGUCAAAUAAAGGUGUUCAGUGACCACUCCAGUUUUCUGGAUGGUGAGCUGUUGGCGGGGCUACUGAUCAGUGCUGAGAACUCUUUCUCAGGUUCUGACUCUGAAAUAUUUGCCUUGGCCAUAUGUAUAUAUGACAUGCGUGGGCAGGUGCUCAAUAAACCUGAGUUUCUUCUUA